CUGCCCCCCUGCUGGAGGACGGUAAGGAGCAGCUGAUGUUCGAGGUGCCCCUGAACGACUCAGGCUCGGCCGGUUUGGGGUGAGCCUGAAGGGGAACCGGUCCCGCGAAACGGGGGAGGACCUGGGCAUCUUCAUCAAGUCCAUCAUCCACGGCGGGGCGGCCUAUAAGGACGGCCGUCUGCGGGUGAACGACCAGCUGAUUGCGGUUAACGGGGAGUCCCUCCUGGGGAAGUCCAACCACGAGGCCAUGGAGACGCUGCGCAGGUCCAUGUCGAUGGAGGGCAACCUGAGGGGCAUGAUCCAGCUGGUGGUGGGCCGCACCCUCCAGCGACCCGGACAGGAGAGCUAUGAGCAGCUGGCGCCCCUGAGCCGGGCCAUGGACUCCGCCCCCGGCCAGGCCCCGCUGGGCAUCAUGGGUAAUGGGACCGCCAUGCCCUCCACGAUAUUGAACAGUGUCUACGAGAGGUCUGCAGCUCCUGACAUGGUGCCAAACGGGCGAUACUACCACAUGGAGGAAGAGGAGGAUGAGGACGAGUUCCCCCCGCCACCCUCUUCUGCCGCUCAUUUGGAGGAGGACGCCAGCCUCCAUCGCCCACACGCCUGGAGUCCAAACCUGGAGCCCGGCUCGUACCCCCCAGAGCCCCUGCACCCUGCCACCCAGCUGCAGUCCAGGCAGGCCGAGCACCACCACGUCAAGUCCUCCAAAAGCAUGGACCUUGUGGCUGAUGAAAGCAACAUGAGAUCUCUGGCAGGGCACAAGUCAGCAGAGACGGCGCUGUCGGGGGCAGAGCUGGGCCCCACCCUGGGGCUGAAGAAGUCGAGCUCGCUGGAGAGCCUGCAGACGGCGGUGACGGAGGCGGCCAGGAAGAGCGAGCUGCCGUUCCACCGGCCGCGGGCCCACAUGGUGCGCGGCCGCGGCUGCAACGAGAGCUUCAGGGCCGCCAUCGACAAGUCCUACGACGGCCCGCCGGAGCUCGACGAAGACGACCUCUCGGACCCCAGUUCGGGACGGGACACCCCCGCCAGCGGGUCCUCCAGGCAGGGCCUGGCAGACACGGAGGAGGGGAAGAAAGACAAGAAGAAGAAAGCCAAAGGCAAGAAGAAGGAGAAGAAAAGCAAAGGGAAGGAGAAGGAGAAGAAGAAAGGGGAGGAUGGAGAGGAACAGGACAAGAAGACGAAGAAGAAAGGAUUUGCAUUGUUGAGGUACGGGAUGGAGAUCUGUUAA